AAGAAACCGACGUUACCGUGUUUGUUAAUUCUUUUCUGUGGAGGUGCUUUUCUUUCCCUUUUCUAUUAUUAACACAUUCCAAUCCCAAUUUCUUUCCAUUCCUUCUCUUUCUUCUCCUUUCCACUACGCUUCGAUUUUCCUUUUUCUUCCUCUAAGGAAAGGGAAAAUCAUCAAAAUCUUCAAACUCGAAUCUAUUCCGAACCUGCAGAAUUCUUUUCAAUGGCGGAAGAACAUCGAUGCCAAGCUCCACGUCUCUGCGCUAACAACUGCGGUUUCUUCGGGAGUCCCGCCAUGCAGGAUCUCUGUUCUAAAUGUUACCGUGAUUUGCAGCUCAAGGAACAGCGAUCUUCGUCGGCGAAACUGGUUCUCAAUCAAACCCUGAUUUCUCCUCCUCAAGCGGUGGUUUCUCAGGAGGUUCUUGUUGUUCAGCCUUCUUCUCCGGAGGCGGUGGUUGAGUCUUUACCGGCGGCGGCGGUGGUGGAGACUGUUGUUGGAACAUCGGUGCAGGCGAAUCCGAACCGGUGCGGGAACUGUAGGCGGCGCGUGGGGCUGACGGGAUUUAAGUGCAGGUGCGGAUUGACGCUGUGUGGGUCCCACAGGUAUCCGGAGCAACACGAGUGUGGGUUCGAUUUUAAGGGGAUGGGGAGAGAGCAGAUCAAGAAGGCGAAUCCGGUGGUGAAGGGAGAGAAAUUGAACAAGAUCUGAACGAUGAAGGGUAUUAUUGUAAUUUCGGGUUUGUUAUCAAAAGGGUCAAGUAUUUGGAUUUGAUUGUAUGGGUCGGGUGAUCCGUUUUCGGACGGGUUAAUUGGGUGGGUGGGGGAUUCGGGAAUUGUUAUUUCAUUUCGAUGUUGUUAUUUCAUGUUAAUAUUAGUUUAAUAAAAGUUUGAUUUUAGUUUCAUAAUUUUCUGUUGUUAUUAUUCUUUUAUUUUGUUUUAGUUUCGAUUCUUGGUUGUUUCUUUUAACAAAUUUUGUCGGAAAAAAAAACAGGUUUUAAGAAUCAAGAUAAAAAGUUUGAGUUACAUUCAUACGAUUUACAUGGUCUUGAAUGUGCACUGCGCUUCAUAACUGAGUUUAGUCAUGGACAUCAAAUUGGUUUGUGUUCUUGGUCUUUAAUUCUUAAUAAAAAAGAAACAAAUUCAGAAAA